AUGCACCGACCCGAUCAAGUCCUCCAUCAUCACUUUGUGACCCACACAAAAUGGUCUACAGGCUCCUCCUUUGAUGAUAAUCAAAGUGCCAAGCUUAGCUGGCCGGGGUUCAGAAAUGUGUUUCACCCCAGUCUGGCAUCCGUCUCCACGGACCGGCCAUUAAUGAGAUCAGAGACCUCGACAACAACAGCAUCAAACCAGCCCCUGAUCCAGCAUACCUCUCGCCCUUUUGCUGAGAGAUAUGGUCGAUGUCUGGACAUCUUGCAUUAUGGUACCAAUAGCACUAUCCGACUGCACCAGACUAACCUACCCGGGUCAAGUUCCAAAUCCAAACAACUGCUCGCUGUCAAGGUCUACCGAUAUAACAUCCUCGACUCAUCAAAUCCCCAAUCUCGAGCAUCACAUUGCGCCACUGACUUGAUCUCCAACAUCCAUCCUCAACACCCAAACAUCCUCCCUAUAAUCGAUCUCCUCUACAAUGAACGCUCCGAACUUUGCCUAGUCAUGCCCAUCUGUGCAGGAGGAGACCUCCACGAACUCAUCUCCCACAACGGAGGCCCAAUCUCAACCAAUGAAGCCGACUGCAUAUUGGCCCAGAUCCUCAACGCCCUCUCAUUCCUCCACGAGCACAACACCGCACAUCGCGAUAUCCGACUAGAAACCGUUCUUCUGACAGAACGCGGCUCCGUCAAGCUUGCCGGCUUUGGCGAUGGGCACAUACGACGCCUCUGGUCCGAUUGUGCAGUUCCGGCGGAAGAAACUUUUCGCCCACGCUCACAGUCUCACCCUGCAUCGACAACGUGGUCGUACCCCUUGCAUUGGCUAUUUUCGUCUUCCCGUGGCCCCUCGCCACGUGGAUCCGGCGAUUUUAUUCAUAAUACAGCCACAUUACCAGGGAUGAGUCUACCUUACAUGCCGCCGGAGAGAUUCCAUUCUCGUUCGUAUGCGCUGGAAAUGGAUGAGGAUGAGAAUAACCCUUGCACGUCGGAUAUCUGGGCAGCAGCUAUAAUAUACGUGGCACUUAUUACUGGACGCCUGCUUUGGCGCAGUGCUCGUCCUAGAUAUGAGGAUCCACAGUAUCUGGAUUACGUGCGAUGUCGUUGUUCAGAGGAUGGGUAUCCACCGAUUGAAGCGCUUGGGAAGGUAAGUUUUGCAUAG